AUGAAAAUGACUGAUCGCCCCCCUUCAGCACCCGCAUUGGAGGAACCCAUUACUCUCGGUAUUCUAAAUGGCAAGGGUUUGAGUAAUGUUCGCAGACGGGGCUCGGAUAAGUCCAACGAGGCUUCGGGACAAUUGUUUUCGGCUUCAACGGAUUCAGAUGCAAGACCGGCUGUCACUCGGCCUCCAACCGCCAAACUUCCCCUACCAACCGAUGUAGCAGAGGGCCAAGCGUCUCUUCGCCAUCCGUUCUCCCAUGUCUACCAUUCCUCGAGUACCUCCAGGUCACCCUCCACCAGGACAUCCUCCAGCUCGCUCCAAGCGUUAAAUGAAGAUGCUGUGGUUGAUGCUCGGUCGGAUGGCCUUUUGUGGCGGCCAUCACUGCCCCGGAGAACGUCGCACCUGUCCCAGUCUGAUACGCAAACCCCCGAAUACCCAGUUUAUCCCGAUCAGUCCUAUGCCGUUCUCCAAUCUCAGGUUCACCCUACCUAUCAGCCUCCACAUCUUCGUUCUCGGAGUUCCUAUCCAUCGCGCGCUGAGGUUCUAACCCGGAUUGCACCGUCGCGGAUCUCUCGAACGGCAGGGAAUACCCCUAUUUCCAGCCCUGGGCUUUUCUCUGUACGCAGCCCACGCUCGACGCCGCCGUUCGGCUCCGAUGACGAAGGUCGUAUGAGCAGUCCGUACCUUCACCCAACACACCUUCAACCACCAAAAGAGACCCACACUGCGGAGGUAGAUCGCGAUCUUGUGACCGGGAACAAAUUGAUCAAUGAAUACGAGAUUCUCAAAGAACUCGGACGUGGCGAGCAUGGAAAAGUGAAACUCGGUCGUCAUGUGGCCACCCGCCAAAAGGUUGCCAUCAAAAUUGUCCAGCGUUAUUCGAAAAGGCGUCGCUUGGGAAAGCUAGGCAACCCCGAAGACAAAGUCAAGAAAGAGGUUGCCAUUCUAAAGAAAGCGCGGCACCCCAAUGUGGUCAGUUUAUUGGAAGUGAUCGACGACCCAAAUCGACAAAAAGUUUAUAUAGUCCUCGAAUACGUCGAGAAUGGCGAAAUCAUAUGGCGGCGUCGAGGCUUACGAGAAAUUGUGCACGUCGAUAAGAACCGGCUUGAGCGUGAGAAAGCAGGAAUCCCCGAUUCGCCGUCGUUUAUGGAGGAGAGUUUGCAUUAUGUCCGAACUGCUCAGCACCUUCGCCAUCAGCGUGAAAAGGCACGCGAGCGCCGUCAAGCGCAGGCAGCAUACGCACAGCAAGGCCCUAUCCCGGCCUGGAGCUUGGAGCAUGGUGCCGAAUCAGACGAGGAGGAAGAGGAAGGGCCUGAGUUGGCGAUUGCCCGUACAUCCAGUCGCUCUAUGAUGAGCCAAGAAGAAUUCCAGGCCUCGCCACCGCACUCCUUCAUGUCGGCUCAUGAAUCAGCCUUGGCUGCGGUGGAAGGCAGCAUGUAUGGUGCCUAUGCCGAUUACAACUCUGAUAGGCGCUUUAGCACCGCUUCCAGCAGUUUUGGAUACGCGCCUUCCGAGCCUGAGUGGUUCUCCGAUGAUGACGACACGUCAUACGUCCCUUGUUUGACCUUUACCGAAGCACGCAAUGCCUUCCGGGAUUCUCUUCUUGGUCUCGAGUACCUACAUUAUCAAGGCAUCAUUCACCGUGACAUAAAACCUGCGAACUUGCUGGUCACGCGCGAUCAUCGCGUGAAAAUAUCGGAUUUCGGCGUUUCUUACUUAGGACGCCCCAUCAGGGACGAGGAAGAAGAGCAGGUCGGAGAGACCGAUGCCACUGAGCUUGACGAUGCCCGAGAGCUAUCCAAAACCGUUGGAACUCCCGCGUUUUACGCACCCGAACUGUGCUAUACGGGUGAAGACUUUGUGGAUACCAUUGGCAAUAUCCCCCAGAUCACCGGUGCUAUCGAUGUCUGGUCACUCGGUGUGACUCUUUACGGCAUGAUUUUUGGGCGCCUGCCAUUUGUCUCGGAUGACGAAUAUAGCAUGUUCCAGACCAUCGUGAAAAAGGAGGUCUUUAUCCCGCGCAAACGCUUAAAGCCCGUUGAGGAUGACCCGGAUACCGUCAGCCAAUGGCCCCGGUGUGCGGACAACAGCAAGCGCAUGGAGCAUGAACUUGUUUACGAAGAAAUCGAUGACGAGCUCUAUGAUCUCUUGAAACGUCUGCUCACCAAGGACCCGAUAAAACGGAUCACCGUGAAAGAAAUCAAGCACCAUCCGUGGAUCUUAAGCGGCUUGCCGAAUCCUCGAGCGUGGGUGGAGGAGACUGAUCCGCACUAUCAAAGCAAAAUUGAGGUGUCCAACGAAGAAGUCACCACUGCCGUCAGCAAGGUUCCUUUCAUCCAACGGGUACGAUCUAACGUUGCCAAAUGGUCCAAUUACCUCACUGGUAGGAGCAAGGAAAAGGAAAAGGACGAUCGGAAGCGUACACCUAGUGCAGCGCCUUCGUUGGAAUCUUCUGUGUCGAGUGGUACCUCCAUUGGAAAGAUUCUUUGGGAUAACCGCCGUGGCAGUUUCAAGGAAGAAGACUUUCUUCGGCCUUCACGCCUGACUAGAGAUGGCGAACAUCCACUGUCGCAAAGCGUCAGCGCAAGUCCCGUGGGACGGGAUGAGCAGACAUCCUACUUCCAGGAUGUACAGUUCGAGACGAUACCAUCGAACGGGCGAACCCCGCGACCAGACCCUCCGGAACGCGCAACAUCAACCUUGUCGACUGCCGAGUCUGCGAAAACGGUCAAGCCGUCCAAUGUUGUCAAAUCCGGGGCCCCAGCACGUGUCGAAACUCCCGGGACCACCAAUGUCAGUGGUCUGUUUGGCGGUGCCAGUCGCAGACUCGCAAGAGGCCUUCAGAGUGGAGAGCGGCGCCUUGACAGACCGUUGUCAGAGGUUGUGUCUCUUGAUGGCGACCGCCACUCUGAGCCCAGUCUGGCUCUGAGCGUUGCCUCUGCAGUCGGCCAUCAUUCCAACUUGUUGCUUGACGAGGAAUCGUCGUCAUUACGUGUCGAGGCCCUGGGACAUCGGCGCAACCGAUCGCAUCAGCUACCUGGCAAGGUGUCUGGUGAACCCCUAUAUCUUACCAAGGAAACGCUUUUGCGCCAGAGACGGAACGAGUCUGAUCCUGUCUCCAGCAAGGGCCAAUCGAUCUCCCACAGCAAUAGUGAGCCUUGUGCGAUUACUGGGCAUGAAGCCCGUGACGCUGAAUAUGCGGUUGAAAGCGCCUCCCCUGACCAAUCCACUGUUGGCCUUACCACGUCCCCUCCGUCCGCCGCGACGAUCUCUUCGUCAUCCGUUGACGACUAUACCAGCGGAAUUUCUCAAAGUACAUCGCACCCCAGCAUUCCGUCUGUUAUCUCGGGCGCAUCCUCACUUUUCGGCGAAGGUCUGCCCAAGGAAAAAGACUGCGAGCCGGCGAUCGAGGUUCCUUCCAUUCUGCGCACGGGCGAAACCGUCAAAGCACGGCGUCUAAGCCCACCGCGACCAAUUGAAGAAGACGAAUCUCGGUAUUAUUGCGAUGAUGAAGAUGACUUCGACGAUGAUUCGGAAGAUGAAGGUCUUACCAUUGGGAAAAAGAAGGCCACCACCCCCCAGAAACCGAUUCUUCGUCGCAAUCACACAUCGCAAUAG